AGAUUGAGAACAGAGAGUGUUUGUCUCUCAAGUUAAGCCUAAAGACUGACAGAAAAAUGUAGUUAUCAAGGGAUUAAAAAACCUAAACAUUUUUUCUCUGGUGUUUAGUAGAGACAGUAGGGUAUCUCCUGUUUUGGCUGGCAUAGUGGCAGCCUAAACAAUCGGUUUAAACUUUGCUUGGGACUCCUGAUUGUUUUAACAUGGCGGAGAUUGGAAUUCACAGAAUCCUCCUUUUGGCUAUUUCUCUGACAAAUUUCCUGGAAGGCACAAAACUGCUGGCAGACUUUAAAAAAUGUGCUGACUUGGAAUGUGAAACUUUAAUAAGCAGAGUCUCAGCCAUGAGAGAUUACAGAGGACCUGACUGCCGAUACCUAAACUUCACUAAGGGAGAAGAAAUAUCUGUUUACAUUAAACUUGCAGGAGAAAGGGAAGAUUUGUGGGCAGGAAGUAAAGGAAAGGAUUUUGGAUAUUUUCCCAGAGAUGCAGUUCACAUUGAAGAAGUGUUUAUAUCUGAGGAAAUUCAAAUACCAGCUAAAGAGUCUGAUUUCUUUUGUCUUCUUGGAGUAAGCUAUACAUUUGAAAAUGAAGACAGUGAGUUAAACAGUGAUGAUGGUGAAAAUAUAUAUCCAUAUGAAGAAGAUAAAGACAAAAAAUCUAGUGUACAUGAAAAUGAUUUUCAGAUAGAAAAUGAAUUUUAUUCAGCUUUCGAAAGUAUUUGGAAUGAAGACCAAUUUACGUCAUCAGAGGCUCCUGAUGAUAUCAGAAAAACUAGUGACUCAAAAGAUUGGGAAGGAGUAGAAGCUGAAAGUGUAAAACAGGAUCCUAUUCCAGAAGUGCAUCAAGUCCCACCAUCCUCAACUGUGGCUGAAGUGCAGGGAUGGUUUGGAUUUGGAAGGGCGCAAACUGAAGAAGUGACUUUUGAACAAGAAAUUGAACAAGCAAUUGAACAAGAAAGCUCAUUUCAAAGUAGUAAAAUGGCAGUAGGAGAUGAGAAUGACCUAGAGAAAUUAAACAAUGGUGAUCCCCAAACAGAACAUAAAAAAGACCCUGAAUUAGAAUUCAGAUCAAUGCCAAAGAAACAGCCUGAAGAGUCUGAGUCAGAGCACAUUGUCAAUCCUCAAGUUACUGGUUGGUUUGGCGGUGGAUUUACAAGUUAUUUAGGUUUUGGAAGUGAGGAUACAGGGCUUGAAUUACUGUCCAAAGAAAGCAAUCCAUCACUACAAGAUGUUCCUAAUUCCGUAUCAUCUGAGGAAGAACCCACAUAUCCAUGUACAGAAAUAUUAUCAGAAAAAGAAGACACAAUCACUAAUGAUAGCUCAAUUCUCAAAUCAAGUUGGUUUGAUUUUGGUUUUAGUAUGUUAGGCUUUGCAUAUGUCAAUGAAGAUAAAGUUAUAACAUAUAAUGGACAAGAUGAAGGAGAUAAAGGAGAUAAACGUGAACAUCUUGCAACAAGUGAAUUAGACCCUGAUAAGGAAGAAGAAAUCAAAAUAAUAAAAAUUAUGGAAACUGAAGAUCAAUUAGGCAAGGAUGAAGUCUUAGAGAACACAGAUGAUUCUGUCACCUUGCCAUAUUUUACAAAAUUCUUGUAUAAUUUUGACAAUCCUUGGAACAUUCAGGAGGAAACAGAAUUCUCAGUUCCUAAUAAGAUAAUGGAUGAAAAGAAUGUAUUUGAAAAUGAUGAAACAGAAGUAUUUUCAGUUGAAAAUGAUCCCACAGCUAAUACAAAAGUUAUGAUGUUAAAAAGCAGAUACAGUCAGUCAGAAGUGACCUCAAAAAUGGAGUUACUUGGGAGAAUUGAAGAUUUACACUUCAAAACUCCAUCUUCUAAAAAUAGUGAUGAAAAAUCAGAAACAUCACUAGAUACUGAAGGGUUUAUUCAGGAAGAAAUAGACAGGUCUGUGGAAAAUACCCUACCAAACAGUCAGAUGUUUUCAUCUGAUUACUCUUUGUCUUCUCAAAAUUAUAUUGCUCAAAAAGAAGAUGCUUUUGAGAGUCAUUUUCCGCAAUUUUUAUUUCAAAUUGGUGUUUAUGAUUUCAUGAAUUCUGCAUUUUCAUCAAUAGUAACUCUUACGGAAGGGGUUGUGGCAGCACUGCCUGAAGAUAUCGGAAAAAGUUCUAAUUCCUAUGGUUUUCCAUGGGAAUUGCUGAUAUGUGCAGCUAUUGUUGGAUUUUUUGCUGUUUUCUUGUUUUUGUUGAGAAGUUUUCGAUCGAUUAGAAGUCGGCUUUAUGUGGAAAGAGAGAAAAAGCUUGCUGUAGAACUUUCUACACUAAUUGAAGAAAAAUGUAAACUACUUGAAAAAUUCAGCCUUGUAGAAAAAGAGUAUGAAGGCUUAGAGUCAUUGAAGGAUUCCAGCUUUGAAAAGGAGUCAACAAAAAGUCAAAAUUUGGAGUUUGUUGAAGGAUCACAAAUAACAGAGGCAAUCUGUGAAAAGCUGAACAGUUCCAAAUCUGAAUUUGAGGAUGAAAUACUCUUUCUAGAAAAAGAGUUAGAGGAAGAGAAAUCUAAACAUUCUGAACAAGAUAAAUUGAUGGUGGAUAUUUCAAAGAGGAUACAGUCCUUAGAAGAUGAAUCAAAAUCACUCAAAUCACAAGUAGCUGAAGCCAAAACAACCUUCAAAAUAUUUCAAAUGAAUGAAGAACGACUUAAGAUAGCUAUAAAAGAUGCUUUGAGUGAAAAUUCCCAACUUCAAGAAAGCCAGAAACAGCUUUCACAAGAAGUCGAAGAAUGGAAAGAACAAGUGAGUGAACUUAAUAAACAGAAAAUAACAUUUGAAGACUCCAAAGAAAAUGCAAAACAAGUUCUAUGUGAUAAAGAAAAGCAGAUCAAGUCUCUGACUGAACGCUUGCUAAAGAUGCAAAAUUGGGCUGCUGUGCUUGGAGAAGACUUAACGGGUGAUAACUUGGAAUUGGAAGUGAAGAGUGAUUCAGAAAAUGGUGCACUCUUAGAUAAUCAGCCAAAAGGAGCUUUGAAGAAGCUGAUUCAUGCUGCUAAGUUAAAGGCUUCUUUAAAAACUCUAGAAGGAGAAAGAAACCAAAUAUAUACUCAAUUAACUGAAGUAGAUAAAACAAAGGAAGACCUUACAGAGUGUAUUAAAAAUCUCCAGACUGAACAAGCAUCUUUGCAGCCAGAAAAUGAUCAUCUUGAAAGUGAGAAUCAAAAGCUUCAGCACAAACUUAAAGUCAUGACUGAACUGUAUCAAGAAAAUGAAAUGAUACUUCAUAGGAAAUUAACAGUAGAAGAAAAUUACCGGUUAGAGAAAGAGGAAAAACUUUCUAAAGCAGAUGAAAAGAUCAGCCAUGCAGCUGAAGAGCUGGAGACCUAUAGAAAACGAACCAAAGAUCUUGAAGAGGAGUUGGAGAGAACGAUUCAUUCUUACCAAGGACAGAUUAUUUCUCAUGAGAAAAAAGCACAUGAUAAUUGGUUGGCAGCUCGGACUGCUGAAAGAAACCUCAAUGAUUUAAAGAAAGAGAAUUCUUACCUCAGACAGAAAUUUACUGAAACAGAACUUAAAUUUGAACUUUUAGAAAAAGAUCCUUAUGCACUUGAUGUUCCAAAUACAGCAUUUGGCAGAGAGCAUUCCCCAUAUGGUCCCUCACCAUUGGGUCGACCUUCAUCUGAAACGAGAGCUUUUCUCUCCCCUCCAACUUUGUUGGAGGGUCCACUCAGAUUCUCACCUUUGCUUCCAGGGGGAGGAGGAAGAGGUUCAGAAGGCCCGGGGAAUCCUCAGGACCAUCCUAUUAUUAAUGAAAGGAGAAAAUCAAGCUGUGAUAAAUUAACUGAUCCUCACAGGGAACCUUCUGACACUGGGUCCCUUUCACCUUCAUGGGAUCAAGAUCAUAGGAUGAUGAUUCCUCCGUCAGGCCAACCUUAUCCUGAUCCAGCUCUUCCUCCACAAAGGCAAGACAGAUUUUAUCCUAAUACUGGCAGACUCUCUGGACCAGCAGAGCUCAGAAGUUUUAAUAUGCCAUCACAGGAUAAAGGAGAUGGGCCAAAGUCUUCAGAAGUGGAAUCCAGUAGAAAUGACAGCAAAGACGAUCUUGGUAAUUUAAAUGUGCCUGAUACAUCUCUCCCCACCAAAAGUGAAGCAACUGGCCCUGGCUUUGUUCCUCCAAUCAGAGGUCCAUUGCUUCCAAUGGAUGCGAGGAGCCCAUAUCUGAGAAGAGGGCCUCCUUUCCCUCCACCUCCAGGCAGCAUGUACGGAGCUUCCCGUGAUUAUUUGCCUCCGAGGGACUUUCCUGGUCCAGCACCUCCUCCAUUUGCAAUGAGAAAUGUCUACCCACCGAGAGCUUUUCCUCAUUAUUUUCCCCCAAGAGCUGGAGUUUUCCCCCCACCCCCAGUCCCACCCCCCCCACAUCCUGAAAGUAGAAAUGAGGUCCCAUCAGGGUUGAUUCCGCCUUCAAAUGAGCCGGCUACUGAAUGAACGAACGUCCAGAACCACAAGAAGCUUGACAAUAUUUUUGGUUUCUCUUCAAAAGUAAUUAUUCUUUUCUUUUAUCCUUUUAAUUAAAACAAUUGGGAUGACAUUAAGAUUAUAUAGUUUACAAGUGUACAUUUCUAUGAUACAUGAUCUAUAUAUGUCAAAAGUAAUUUUGCCUCCUCUCAAUGUUCAGUUUAAGUAACGGCUGUUACUUAAGUGGUUAUACUUAUGCUCAAAUUGGAGCUUAAUGGAAUUACAUUCUCAGGAUACUAUUUUGUAAAUAAAGAUGAUUUAAAUAUGAAUUUUACGAGUAAAUUAUUUCCAUUUUAUUUUAUCCUACAUAGUAUAAUUAUUUUAAUUUGAUUAAUGAAUCUGCUAUUAUAUAAACAUAAGUGGGAGUUUCCUGUAUAAUCUUGCAAUUUGGGGAUGUUUAAAACUCCAACGGCUGUGUCUUUAUGCCAAAACUGUAUUUACUAUGGUUGUAGACAAAUGUGAAAGUAACCUUAUGCUUAAUUAAAUAAAUUUUAAUUGCUUUAAAGUCUUGUUUGAUAUUGAUAAUAAUGAAAUAAGGAAGUUUUUUCAUAAGUAUGCUUACAUUAGUUAGUUUAUUUUUCCCAAUAGCUUUGAGGUUUACAACUAAUACUUUAUGUGGGCCUUCCCCAUUCAAUUUCCUUAUCAAAAUUGUGCCCUACUUCUUUUUUGUAUUGUUUAUUCUUUUAUAGUUGUCCCAAUUUCUUUUUCCUUUUUUGCCACCCUCCACCCAGCCCACCACUCUCCACAACCCACAGUCAACCCCCUCCCAGUUGUCCAUGUCCAUGGGUCAUUCAUACAUGUUCUUUGACUAGUCCCUUUCUUUCCUUCCACCAUUCCUCCUCUUCCUCCUCCCCUCGGGUAGCUAUCCAUCUGUUCCAUGUUUCCAUGUCUC